AGUAAAUUUAUGCUAUUAUACAACAUUUUCCCACAUGAAGGUUAAAAUUUACUUAAAUUCAUAGUAUUAAAGUUUUUUUUUUAAUUUUGCAGCUGUUGUUCCACAAUCAUUAAUGAUGGUGUUUAUUUUAUUUCAAUGCUUAAUGUCACUAAUUAUUUUGAUUGGAAAGAUUCAGUUCAUUUUAUCUUGAGGUGUAUGGACCUUGACUAUGCAUUCCUUGUGGAGCAACCACCUGCUGCCACGGAUGCGAAUGCACAGAAAGUCAUUGAAAAUUGCCAACAGUGAGAGCAAUCUAAUCACCUAAGUCUAAUGCUCAUAAAGUAUCGUAUGAAUAAGAGCAUUAGAGGUUCUAUUGGUGAUUGCACUACAAUUAAGGAAUUAAUGAAGGCAAUUGAGGAAUAGUUUAUUCGCUCUAACAAGGCUUUAGCUAGCACUCUUAUUAGGUAAUUCACUACUAAAGCCUUUGACAGUUUUAAGAGUAUGCUUGCAUACAUUACGAAAACGAGAGACAUUGUUUCUCAACUUAAGGGCUUAACAAUAGAGAUAUAUGAGCCAUUCUUGGUCCAUUUCAUUCUUGACUCACUAUUAUCUGAGUAUAAGCCUUUUAAGAUCUCUUAUAACACAUAAAAGGAAAACUGGUCAGUUAUGGAUCUUCUGACCAUAUGUGUGCAAGAAGAGGAAAGGAUGAAACAUGAUCGACCUAAAAGUGCAAAUAUGGUUAUGAAUGAUAAAGUUAAGACGAAGAAAUGCCAAGGUGGACCUCAGAGGAAAAGGAGGCAUAAUGUACCAUUAAAAUCCAAUGGAUCCAAUGGCAAAAAGGUGACAUGUUUCUUUUGCAAGAAAGAGGGCCAUGCAAAGAAGAGCUACAUCAAAUAUAAAGAAUGGCUUGAAAAAAAAGCAACGUUCACAUGUACCGAAAUUUGGCAAUUGGGAGAGUGAAGAGAAUGUUCCUUACACGGCUUAUUUUGAAAAGGCUCGUAAGGGUCGUGGGACGAAGAUGAUAAAUCCGAAUGACCCUGAAGAGAAUCCUGAUCCACUCUCUGAUCAUUCAUCUUCAGCUCAACAAGCUCCAACUUCUAGAGCCAGAGCUGAACCUGAACUUGAGGAACCAGUAAGACCAGGGACAGGAAGAUCAACAACGCAUGAACAGCGGAAUAGGGAAGAUGGCGACCUCAGGCAGUUCACUGACUCUCCAGCUAGACAUGAUCGUUCGGGAAGUGGAGCUAGCGGUGAGUCAUCAGCACAUGAUCAACGUCAUGGAGGCCGUGGAGUCAGUUCUGGUGAAACCCAUAGAAGACCUGCAAGGUUUAGUGGUGAACAUGGAUCUAAGUAUAGUGUUGAUCGUUCGCCACUCCGCCAGGCAAGGGUCCCAGCCGCGAGAGAUGGUGGUGUCAGUUCACACUCUUUAGAAGGAAAGACUUCAUAUGAGAGUAGCCAUGGUACUGCUGGAAGACACCGAAUGAAAUCAGAGACUCGAGGUGAUGAAACGCCUGAAAAAGGUGUUGUUGUUCCAAAAUUUGGUGAUUGGGAUGAGAACAACCCGACAUCAGCCGAUGGUUUUUCUCAAAUUUUCAAUAAAGUGCGGGAGGAGAGGCAGAUUGAGGUGGGAAGGGUAUCGGGGCCUCCUGAGACACAUUACACCAACGUGCAGAACCAAGAUGCUGAUGACAAUGCUAAGUGCAGCUGCUUUCCUUGGGGCAGAAAAUGAUGCCUUUGGAGUUGUGGAUAAUUACAAGGUCUGUGGGACCCAUAAAUACCCUUGAAUUCUCUCUCUCUCUCUCUCUAAGCCGAGUUACUUCUCCUGCAACCACUUUGUCUAUGUGAGCUACUUUGUAAGAACAUGCCAUCCCCCUUUAGGUUCUUUCUUCCUUUGUAUCUUUGUAUCUUUAGCUGCCAUGCACUAUUUAUGUUUGCUCUUGCUAUUAUAUUUAGGACAAUGCUAGGGUAAAGUGGUGCAUUCCAAAUAUGCAUCCUAAAUAUGUAUAUUAGUGUAAAUGAUUUUUUUUUCUUUUUUCUUUAA